AUGGAGGGGGAUCCCUUUGCAGGCAUUGGUAAUGACACCCAUUUGGAUGGCAAAACGGUGCAGACAUUUCAGAAGAAUUUUGUUAAAGUCCAGGAUAUACUAGAUCAGAACAGGGUUCUAAUCAAUGAGAUUAAUCAGAACCACGAAUCCAAAAUCCCAGACAAUUUGGGCAGAAAUGUGGGUCUAAUCAGAGAGCUCAACAGCAACAUCAGAAGGGUUGUUGAUUUAUACUCUCAUCUUUCAAAUUCUUUCACAAAAUCGAUCGAUGUUUCAUCGGAAGGAGAUUCGAAUGGUGCUCUAAAGUCAGAUUCAAAAGCUGGUCACAAGAGGAAUAGGUCUGGUUAA